AUGGACACUGCCAUGACUUUACAGUCAUGUGUAAUGGCUACCUUUAUUUCCCAAUGUCACUGCCUUUCCCGACGCUUUGAUAAAACCGCUACUACCUCAGUACAUUGCGAGAGUCUUCAUCGACAGAAAGGAUACGUGCUGCAGGAUGUUAAAGCCGACUCACAGUGA